ACCGCCUCCUCCCCCUCCACCCCCUCCGCCGCCGCUCCCGCCGCCUCCCACGGCACCGCAGCCGCCCCUACCGGCCGUAGGGGAGGACCUCGACGACGACGAGGAGGAGGAGGACCACGACUACCUGCUUGGGCCCUGGGCCAUUCUGAUGGACGAGGAGCUGGCCGUAGAUGCCCUGGCGUUCGAGCAGCCUAUGCAAGAGGAGAUCAACAUCGAAGAACCGCGGGGAAACAGAGAAAAUGGACGAAUGUAUUGGUGCCGUCGUCCUGCUCUGGCAGGUCUUCGGCGUGCACCAGGUAUUCUCCAGACACCUCCCCUUAACGUCGUGACGGCGAGCCCCUCCGUCGUCCUGGGGGCGGCCGCCGUCCCCAGUCCCGCGGGACCAUCUGCCGCCCCCAGCCGGCCCGCCCCCAAGCCGAGGGACAGGGACCUCCAAAUCCAGCUGGAGCUGCGCUGCGACCUGGACCUCGCGCCACUAGCUUUUCUGAACAAGUAUCAGUCAGACGGCGAGGAUGCCGUGGAGGAGAAUGUCGAGACAGACGCGCCCUCGACAUCCAAGUCCAGAGCUGGGCCCUCUGGGGGCACGCGCGCCUGGCGCAGGGCCAAGGAGCGAGUGCAGGACGACGCCGUGCCCGCGCCCGCACCCGCCCCGCCGAGCUGCGCGCUGAGGAUCGCCUUCCACUGCCCGCUCGCGAUCGAAAACCGCCUGCCAGGCGUCGCGUACCUGUCCUGUCAUUCCGGGUAGCCUGGCGGUCGCUUGCCAGAGGGAAGAAAACCAUGAAGAGAGGAGGGGUGGGGGGUCGGAGACAAGGUUCCGUGUGUUUAUGUGGGAGUUGGCGUGUGUAGCAGUAGGCAUGGGUCUGAGCCAUUCCUCAUGCUGUAGCACGGUCGGCGUGCGAGCCAAGGCGGAGGAACAGAUAGGAUCGCAUUUCAGAGGCGAUAGAGUUCCUCAGCGCCUGCGCAGGCAACACUCCCCCCUUUACCCGGAGAAAUGAGAGCGGCUUGUGAGGAGGCUGCGUUGGAGCUCCCAACCAUAUAGAGACCCAUGAAAAAAUUCUGCCAAUCUCUAUCGACCCGAUUCCAAAAGCGUGACGAAGAUGUCUGAUCAAUCUCCACCCACAUCCCGCUCUGCUAAAAGGGGCGGAGGAAUCGUUGUUUUCGAUUUCCGAACCCCUCUCUCCCUCCCCGUCCUGUGUCUUCCGCCACUCCCGGUCGUUUCGGUGCGCGUAUCUGUAGAGCUGUCUCCUAUUUCGCAUUCUUUAUGGGUGAAGGGAGGAUAGAAGCUCUCAAAGCUCACCCCCCCCCAAUCCCCCAUCCUUUCCGCCCUGCCCUCUCGCAAAAACAACUUAUUAUUGUAGACAAUACUCUGCUGAUUUGGUGUAGUAGUUCUGCCAUGUGCGAGGGAGAAGGGUCCUGAAUAGCCAGGGCUAUGAUUUGUGCGUAUUACGCGUGGCUCAAGUUCCA